CACUCCGACCGGUAUCCAGUGGUGAAGAUGUGGUCGCAAGUUGUCCUUUGUAUGUUAGUGGGCCUUGCCUACGCAUCAAAUACCCCUGCAUGGACUGAUAACCAGGAAUAUGUUUACCAAGUCCGUGGACGGACUUUAACAGGACUUAUGGACGUUGCUGAUGAGUACUCCGGUAUUUUUUUGAAAGCUAAGUUGAGGAUUCAACCAAGAAGUGACGGAAAAUUGCAAGCUUUGAUCGAAAACCCACAAUACACUCAGAUUCAUACAAACUUAGAUGAUGGAUGGCAAAGUGACGUUCCAGAAGAAGAGCUUAGUUGGAAACCUCUGCCAAUGAGUUCCAAACCUUUCCAAAUUCAAAUGGAAAAUGGUAAGAUCGAAAGACUCAUUGUUAACAAAGACGUAGACAACUGGAAUGCUAAUAUGAUCAAGAGUAUUGUAAGCUUGUUCCAACUUAACACCAACGGAGAAAAUACUCUUCCUAGCCCACUCAACAGCUUACCAGAACAUGGUUCAAACUCUGGCGUUUUCUUAACUAUGGAAGAUACCAUUUUAGGAGAAACUGAGACUUUAUACAAGAUCAGACCUGUUCCCGAGCACACAUUACUUACUUCUGAACAAGAAGCCCGAUUCGUUGAAUUGAAACAAAAGAGACAACAAAACGGAGACCUCAUUGAAGUUAUUAAGCACGAAGAUUUUACAAACAACCGUGAACUUCCUGCUUACGUCUAUGGAUUUGGUGACUAUUUACUCCGUAACAAAGCUGCAACUAACCAAAUGGGAACUUACUUUAACAGGGAUUCUACCAGCCGUGCCAUUCUUGCUGGAGACUUGAAUCAUCACGACGUAUUAUUCACUAGUACAAGCAACACUAUACUGAUCAGCCCAUCGAUCAACGACGAACAAAAAGGCGCCGUUUACAGUUACUUAGAAGCUGAAUUAGAAGAUGUAAAAUCUCACACCGAAAAAAUUGGAGAAGUUAAUCAACCUGUACAGUUAGACAGUCUCGUAUAUUCAUACAACAAACCCUUUUCAAAGGAUAACCACAUUGAAGGACCUGAAAACCAAAGAAACCAAAGAAGCCAAAAUGCUGGUAGAGACAGCUCCGAGGAAGACUAUUUAGAUCGAGACUCUUACAAAAGAUUAUCCCAUCGUCGCCACCAGCGUUCCCUUGGUAAGAAAUAUGGACCUAAAAUCUUUGACGACUCCGAAGAAAACGUACAAAAUCAACCCAGAAUUAACGAAGCCCCUGAAAGUCCUUUGUUAACAUUGACUACUGGAUACAAAGGAAUGUCAAUUAAAAAUUCAGUUGACGUAGUCAAGGAAGCAGAAAAACUUGUUAAAAAAAUUGCCAGUGAUCUCCAAGAUCAAGAAAAAGAUCAUCAUGAAAAAACUUUGGAACGUUUCGUCAAACUUGUAUCUCUCAUGCGCGUUAUGAGUUUCGAUGAACUUAAACAAGUAUCCGAUAAACUUAUGAGUCAAUCUAGCAAAGGUCAAGAAGCAGCUGCCUCAGCUGUCUGCAGAGACGCUAUUGCUCAAACUGGAACUGGUCCAGCUCUAUUGGUUAUCUCAGAAUGGAUCCAACAAGGAAUAAUUGAAGAUGAUGAAGCCAGUCAAGUUGUUAUUGCUGCUUUUAAAUCAGCUCGUCAACCAAAUAUGGAAUACUUGAAAACAGCGUUUAAGCUAGUUAAACACCAAAAAGUUGAAGAUCAAUUCCCUCUUAACAAUACCGCUUUAACUGGAUUUACCGAUUUGCUCAGAAAAGCUGUUAUACAGAAAAACGUUGCCAAAUCUGAAUACCCUGUAAAUAGCUUUGGUCAUUUCCGCACUGAAGAAUCAAAGCAAUUUGUAAGAAAAGAAGUUAUGCCAUAUCUUAAUGAAAGACUUCAAAAGGCUGUACAGAGAGGAGCAACCCACCAAAUCCAUGCUUAUAUCCGUGCUGUUGGAAACCUACCUGAUCCAAGGAUUCUAGAGAUCUUUGAACCAUUCUUAGAAGGAAAACAACAAUCCUCCCAAUUCCAACGUUUAUUAAUGGUUUUAUCUAUGGGAAAACUAACUGAAACUCACCCAGAAGAUGCCCUUGCUGUAUUCUUUAGAAUCUACCAAAAUCCUGCUGAACAUCCCGCUGUAAGAAUUGCUGCUGUAUUCCACAUCAUGCGUAGCCGACCAACACUACAAAUCCUUCAAGUUAUGGCAUCCAACACUAACAACGAAGAUAAUGAUUAUGUCAACGCUGUUGUCAAGCAGUCCAUUGAAGAACUCACCGAGUUGCAAGGACCUGAAUUUGCAGUUAUUCGCUCUAUAGCCAAAGGAGCACAACCUCUUCUUACUGAUAAAGAGUUCCCUGCACAAUUUGGCGCUAAUUACAUUCGCGAUUACGUUAUUGAGGAAUUAAACACUUUGUACAAAACAUCGACUGGAAUCAUUCCUAGUAAAGACGAAUACGUUCCCAAAGGACUCAGAUAUACCUUGAGAGCCAGCUUCAAUGGAUUAUACCAAAAGCUAAUCAACAUGCAAGCCGUUGUUUCUAACGUUGAUGACUUAAUCGGAGCUGCUUACCAAAAGACACAGAGUUUUGCCAACCAGCAACAACAACAGCAACGACAUGCUCAAGAACAACUUAAUAAUCCUUGGUCAAGUCAAAAUAUUGCCAAAUUGUUGAACAUUAAACCCGAAGAGCGUGAGCAACUCGAAGCUUACUGGUAUUUGGAACUACGAGGUACUCCCGUUAGUAUGUAUGGUUUUGAUAACACAACCAUGAACCAGUUGCCUAAACUUCUUAGUACAUUGGAAUCCGCAAUGAGCAAAGGAAAACAAAUCAACCUGUUCAAACUUAUCAAUGACCAGGAAAUGGCCAUAGCUGUCCCUACCUCAAUGGGUAUUCCUUUCUUAUACACUUACGAUUCUCCAAUGCUCAUUAAGGUUCAAGGACAAGUUGCAGGUCAAGUUCAACCAGAACUAGUCCAAAACCAAAAAAUUCAGACCCCAGAAAAAAUCCAACUUCAAGCUACAAUCAGAGCCACCGUAUCUGGAAAAUCACAAGGGCGUGUAAGUUUCAUCGCUCCAUUCGAGCAUGAGCAAUACAUUUCUGGUUUUGACAAACACUGGGAAGUAAACAUCCCCAAGGUCAGAACUCAAGUAGACAUCGACUUGAAACAACAAGAAAUUAAAGCUGAGGUUGAACUUAAACCAGAAGGCAAAGUUAAACUCUUACAUUUCCGCUCUUGGCCAUAUACUGCCAAAACUGAUGUAACUAACUUCGAACCCCUUUCCGCCCAAAAGAGCACCAGAGAAAUUGAACCUGAUAACAUGCACGCUUACAAAAUUACUGUAGGACAAAAAUCAGCUGGAAUUGCAUUAGAAGUGGAAGUUAAACAUGAAAGAAAAUUCGUUCAUGCCGAACUAAUUAAUCGUUUGAUUUCACAAAAUGGACUUAUUGAUGGAUUGAAAGCAUUGUGGGAAGUAAGUGCUGUCCAAAGCAGUCAAAUUGACAUUAGCUACCUUCCUGAGAAAUCAUCAGUACGCAAGGUAGUUCUUCGCUCUCGUUACGAUCAAGAUUACCAACAGCAAGGUAAGUCGUCUCAAUCUGAAUACAAAUUAGACGAAAAAAUGAGUCAAUCCCAAAGACAACAACAAAUUAUGGAUACAGUUACAUCUGGAAUUAAUAAUGUAAGAGUUAAUGCUUUGGACACAAUCGUUGAACUCAAAGGUGAAAGAACCAUUCAAUACCUCUUGACUGGAGCAGUAGCAAAGAGUAAUGUUGAUCCUAAAUCUAAUGUAAGAAUAUGUUUCAAGAGAUCUUCACAAGACAAAGAAUUGAAAAACUACGAAGCUCAUUUCAUAUCUCAAAGUAUGAUUCCCAACACAAAUGCCCUUGAUCUUCAAUACUCACUAUCCAAAAAUGAACCUAAAAUUGACACCAAGAUGGAACUUAUUUUUGGACCUUCUGACGAAAGCAAAUCUAAAAUCUUGGCUGAAAUCAAACAAAGAAGAACUGAUGAGCGCAAACAAUAUUUGAAGGAACUUCCACUAUACAAACAAUGUAAACAGGAAAUGAAACAGUCCAACAAGCAACUCUUCUCAUGCACCAACCUCACUAUGGCUUCAAACUUACUCGAUCGUGUUGAAGUUAAAUUCCAAUCUCAGAACUUGAAACCUGAAUUGUUAGAUGCCAUUCAAAUGACAUACGAAGCUGCUCGUUUUGAAUUAUUCCCAAGCCUACAAGUUAAAAACAAACAACAAUCUGUACAACCAAACGGUGCUGAAAUGGACAUCAAAUUCCACCCAGAUCUCUCCUUCGUUAACGUUACAGUCAGAACCCAAAAUCAAAAGGUAUCCGCUAAAAACAUCGAAGUUAAUGAUCUCGCUAGAGAAGUAUUAGUUGCCCAUCCAGUUUUCCACCUUCGCAACAGAUUAACCAGACAACUCUUAGGAGGAGAUACUUACAGAGAUUUCUGUACUGUUGACCGAUCUGCAGUGAACACCUUCAGCAACAAAACCUACGAGGCUGAACUCUCUAAGAGAUGGACUGUUAUGGCUCAAUAUGUUCCUAAACUAGCUCGUCAAAGUAACCAACAACAACCACAAGAAUCUGCCCAUAAACAAUUACAAAACCAACUUGAAAACUAUGUAGUCCUCGUGCGUCAAAACGAGCAAUCCCGUGAGAAAGAAGAUGUACUACUCGUUGUCAGCAGCCCUGGUACCGAUUUUGAAUCCGUCAGCAUUCUGUUGGUACCAAACCAAGGACAACAACCUAAAGCACAAGUUAGCGUCAACGGACAAAUGAUUCAAGUAAGCGAGAAGCAAAGUAAUGACAUUAAAAAUGGAUACAUUCAAAUUUAUGCUAUCCCUAACGGAGAAGUUAAGGUUGAAGUUAAUGAAGCUUUCUACUUCAUCUAUGAUGGAGAACGUGUAAGAAUGACAGCUGUAAAUGGAAAAAUGAAGGACGCUACACGCGGUCUUUGUGGACAAUUUAACGACCAAGACUCUGAAGAUUUCUUAACAUCAGAAAACUGCAUUGCCCGUAAACCACACAAGUUUAUCAGAAGCUUCGAAGUUGAAGGUGAUGAAGGAAAGCAAGUCAGAAAAGAAUUUGCAGGAAGCAGCAGUCAAUGCGUUGAAAGACAAAUUCCUUUGUACAUUAACGUUGUUACUGACCAAAAUGCUAGACGUAAUUCUCAAAACAGAUCUAACAAUAGAUCCAAUUAUUAUUCCAGCAAAUCUAAAUCGGGAAGUUCUAACGACCAUUGGAGACAAUUUAACGGAGACAGCGAAGAAGAUAACGACUGUUUGUUCCAUCAAACCAAAUACGUUUUCCAAGGAGGCAAAAUUUGCUUCAGUACCGUACCUCUACCAUCAUGCAGAAGCCAUUGCCAACCACGUGAACAAAGAACUAAGUCUGUAGGUGUACACUGUAUACAAAAGAGCAACGUCUCCAUGUUGUGGAAGAACCAAGUUGACAGUGAAAAUUCCCCUGACUUCAGUCAGAAGAAGGAACACACAACUUUGAAAUUCGAAGUACCUGAAAGCUGUUCCGCUUAAAUUAAUUGACUACUCCGAACUGUAUUUUUGAAUAGUUUAUAAGAGCAUCCAAAAAAUGUAAAAAAAAAUACCAUGAAUAUAU